UUGGACAAAGUUUGUUUUAUUUAUUUAUUUAAUUAAAUGGCCAAAAAUGUUUUCAAUUAAUUAGUUGAUGACAGAAGUUGAAAAUUAACCGAAAUGUUUCAACUUUUUAGUUGAAUAACUCGAACGUUGCAAAUUUCAGGAAUAGUCAGUACCAUUUGAAAGGUUGCAAACUUUCAUUAAUGGUCGUGUGAAUUUUGAAAGGGUUGCAACCUUUCAGAACAUAUUCUUGUUGCCUAUAAAUACCUCUUAUUCUUCAGAAUAUUUUCGAACGAAUUUUCUGAUCUUCUUCUUCUUCUUCUGCAUACAUUUUUCUUUGUGUACUUUUCUGCUGUGGAUUGAUUCGCUGACAGUAGAGUUUUUGGUAUCUACACUCUGCUGAUUAAGAUCAUUUUACCAUAAGAGGUUAUAUUCCAAAUCAAACUUCGGAUACUAGAGGGGAAUAAUUUCCUUAAGCACUGUGAGUUCAGUGGACUUGAUCUUUUUCCAAUUUAAAAGGUUUUUUCAGAUUCUGGUACGUUUUUACAGAUUUUAAUUUUUGUGAAUCAAAUUUCUAUUCAUCUCUCUUACUGAUUCUAUAAAUUUCAGUUAUUUCGUGUUUCUGAAUAAUUUAUUAAAAUCAAUAAUUUCUGAUUUUAAUAACACAUAUUGAAAACAACUCAUACAAACUAUUAGUAUAUCUAUGAAUUGCAUGGAAUACAAACCAAUAGUGGAGACAUCCCACCAGGAACCGUGCCAAUCAUUAGGAAUUCUACGCACUCGAAUUUACUUUCGAAAAAACCUUACGAGCUCCUUAAUGUCUUAGCUAAAAGAAAAAUCAGCCCAUGCUUUUAGACAUUAUCACCAAUCCUUUUUCAAAUUACCCUAUAUCUCACCUUACUCAGAUUUCAUCUGAGACUGACCUAAUGUAAAAUUUUCAAAUCACUAUCCAAAAAAUUAUAUAUAAAAAUUGAAUUAAUCGACCUAAUUCAUUGUGAAGUCUGGAUAAUUAAACUAAAAAAAUGUUAUGAUACAUCGACUUCUGUAAUAACCUUAUUAAGAAAUCAAUAACGUUCAUGUAGCCUCACAUGAUCAUGAUAUUUUAGGACCAAUUAUUAAUGCCCCUCUAUAAUAUAGUAUAGUAUAUGCACAAAAGCAGCCAUUAAUUAAUUAUUUAUUAGCAAAAUUGAGACCCAUGAAGUUCAGUACCACUUGUCUUGUAAUAUAUAUUAUAUAUACCAAGGAAAUUUUAUUUCUUGUCCAGUCAAAUCCACCAUAUGUAUUCGAGAGGGUGAGGCUAAAAUUAAAAAAAAAAAAAAAAGGAGAUACGAUUCAAUAUUUUCCAUUCUCAACUAGAGAAAAAAAAAUGAAAUACUCGAAGAUGAAGUGUUCACUUUACGUUGUUUUGAUAAUUUUUGUAUAUCCACUUUUUGUUCUUGCUGGUUCACCUGUCAAGUAUCUUCCUGGAUUUGAAGGACCUCUUCCAUUUCAACUUGAAACCGGGUAUAUAGGGGUAGGUGAAGCAAAUGAGGUGCAACUCUUCUAUUAUUUCAUAAAGUCACAAUCUAAUUCUAAAAUCGAUCCACUUAUUUAUUGGUUUACGGGAGGUCCUGGUUGCUCUCCAUUGAGUGCCAUUCUAUAUGAAUUAGGACCUAUAACAGUGGAUAUUAGAGCGUAUAAUGGGAGCUUGCCAACGUUGUCUUUAAAUCCAUAUGCAUACACAAAGGUGGCAAACAUGAUUUUUGUAGAUUUGCCAGUAGGGAUUGGAUUCUCCUAUGCAACAACACAAAAAGCAAUUUACUCAGAUGACUUACAAGCAGCUGAUCAUGCUUAUGAAUUUAUUCGUAAGUGGUUAAUUGAGCAUCAAGAAUAUCUCAAUAAUCCUUUUUAUGUUGGUGGAGACUCCUAUAGUGGAAUUACAGUUCCUAUUGUUACUCAAGUCAUAUCAAAUGGUAAUGAUAUGGGAAUCAAGCCAUGGAUCAACCUUAAGGGAUACAUUCUUGGGAAUCCAGUAACAUCUACUGAUCCAGAUUACAAGUAUAAGGUGCCUUUUGCUCAUGGAAUGGGCCUAAUUCCUAACGAACUAUACGAGUCAUUUGUGACUAAUUGUGGAAGAGAUUACAGCCCUAAUGACUCAACCAACCAACUUUGUUCGAGGGACAUACGUACUUUUGAUUGGUUGAUUAACGAUAUUUAUCAAUAUCAUAUCCUAGAGUCCCCUUGUGAACUUGUAUCACAUGAUUCAAGAAGAUCGUUGGCAGGGAAUGUUCAAAAGCUCAAAAAUCUAUCAUCAUUUUUUGGAAUGAAAUGUCGAGAAGAAUGGCACGAACUCUCUGUGAUUUGGGCCAACGAUAAAGUUGUACAAGACGCUCUACAUGUUCGAAAGACUAGUAUGGCAUGGGAGAGAUGCAGGAGCAACUUGUCUUUUGGAACAAUUAUCAACAAUAGUGUAUCAUAUCAUGCAAAUCUUAGUCGUAAAGGCUUUAGAUCUCUUAUUUACAGCGGUGAUCAUGACAUGGUUGUACCAUUUAGUUCAACACAAUUAUGGAUUAAAUCACUAAACUAUUCAAUUAUUAAUGAUUGGAAACCAUGGGUUGUUGAUGGUCAAGUUGCAGGUUAUACAAGAAGUUAUUCCAACCAAAUGACGUUUGCCACGGUAAAGGGAGGAGGGCAUACGGCACCUGAGUGGAAACGUGUGGAAUGUCUUGAAAUGUUAAAGCGUUGGUUAUCCCAUGUAUCACUCUAAAUAACUUUUUAUCAUUUUAAAUAAAACUCUUUUUGUGUCCAAAAAUUAUUUUUAUAGGAUUUUAGUUACAUAUUAUAAUAGUAUGAUUGUCAUUGCUUAAUCUAGUUCUAGGCUGAUGCAUAUUUUUCAAGAUAUUUAAAUAAUUGUUC